GUCCAGGGGUUUGAGGUUGCUGUGAGCUGUGAUGAGUACUUUUCUGGAAUGUCAUUGCAUUGAGUGGGUUUAGAGUGUAAAAACUGAAGGAGAAGCUGUGAAUGCAGUUUGUAGCAUUUCGUUAGAGAUUGCUCUUAAAGUGGACUGCUCUAGAAAAGCUUAAAAUCCUUAUAAAUGGUUUUUGCCUAAAUUCACAUGGGGUGGCAUAGUCUGACUGCAUUGAAUUUUCUAGUUAAUAGCUAUGUGCAUCAACAUGUACGUACUUAAAGAGGCUCUAUCACAUUUACCAAAUUACAUGAUUUCAGAAAACAAAAAAUUAAAAGAAAGCAAGUGAUGAGUGAGUCAGGAAUGGAUUCUCUUGACAAGGUGACCUUGGAUUCAUCUAUGGAAAUUGAAAAUCAAAGUGAUAACUCUUCUGGUAGCAGCUUAUUUACAACACAGUGUGUUCCUUACUCACCUAAACAGAGGCAAAGAAGCUCCAUUAGAAAAUUUGUUCCUUUGCCUGAAAGUGUUGAAGCAAGAGAUUCAUCAAGUGACUCAUCUAUAGAACCAGUGACUUUAAAAGCUAUUUUUGAUAGAUAUAAGAAUAGGAAACAUAAACGUAAAAAGAGGAAAUACAAACCAACAGGAAGAAAAAGGGGAAGACCAAAAGGAAGGAAAAAUACAAGAAGUUCACGAACAGAUAAGAAACUAUUUAACAAAGGACCUGGGUUCCCAUUUGUGGAAUCAGAGAAUGAAGGAAAACCAUUACCUUGGAGAAAAAUUUUAACUUAUGAGCAAGCUGUUGCAAGAGGAUUUUUCAACUAUAUCGAAAAACUGAAGUAUGAGCACUAUCUUAAAGAAUCUUUGAACCAAAUGGAUGCUGGUGAAGAUUUAGAAAAGGAAGAUUUUGAUAGUCGUAGAUACAAGUAUUUGGAUGAUGAUGGAUCCAUUUCUCCUAUUGAAGAGUCAGUAGCAGAGGAUGAGGAUGCAGCACAUGGUGAAUGUGAUAUCACUUUGGGAGCAGAUAGUAGUUUCAUAAUAAGUUCUGAUUUCCCAAGGAAGAUCAAUGUAUAUUUAGAACAAAAUAAUGGUACUAAAGAAGCUGCUUUGUCUAAAAAGAGAGCUACAAGGGCCAGAAGCAUUGGACAGAGGACACCACGGCCUGAAAAGGAGAACGGAACAUAAAUGUACAAGAAGGCCUUUAUCUUGACCAUGAUGUCUGCAGUUGAAGGUGUUGUUGUAACCCACUAAUCUGUAUUAUUCUUGAGUGUGAUGGCCUUAGGAACCAGUAUGAUUUGAAUUCAUUCGUUUUUUUCUAAGAGGUAAGUGAAAUACUUUGUAUUAAUUUGCCAAGGACUCAAGUUAGAAUAAACAUGAAUUGAGUAUAGCAUCACAAUAUGGGUAUAACUAGGAGUCUUAAAUUUUAGGUAUAAAAGGUGCUGGCAAAAUAGGUCACAAUAUGUUUUUGUAUAGAAUGAGAAAUGAUGGAAGGCUGCAUAGUCAUUCCUACUGUGCAUACCACAUGUGUUGAAUCAGCAGGGAUUCAUAGUUGCACUGCAUGGUAUCUGCAUUCAGCAGCUUACUCCUGCUGGGGUGUUCAAAGGUCAGUGCCAUAGAAAUUCAGUAUUUGGCAUCGUUGGUUUUCUUGGCUUUGUGCAUGUUAAACCUGGUAUUUCUAUUGAUACAGUAUUUCUAUAGUUUAUUCCCAUUGCUUAGUUUGAUACAGUCUUCAGUAGUAACUAAUACUUUUUCCCCCCUAGGGUGGUCAAACUGAGAACCAGGCAGAUCCAUCUACUCUAAAAGUAUGAUUUUGUAUUGUUCGUGUCUAGCUGCUUGCCUCCCCUUAUUGGUAGCACUGCCAACUAACAGCUGCAUGCAGAUACACAUUCACAGUGUGGAGAAUUUUUAAGUUUUCAUCCAAGAAGCGAAAAUAAAAAGACUGGCAAGCAACUUUUGGGCGAACAAGACAACUGUGGAUUGAGGAUCUGGUCAUUAAAAAAGGGCUGUCUUGAAGGUAAAUCUUCAUUGACUCCAGCCAUUGAGAUGGACAGCAGAAGGAGAAUGACAUAUGAAUUCCUUGAAUAAAAAUUUAUUAAUUUUUCCUACUGCC